AUUGUUGUCAGAUAAGGAUUUUCUGCUGAAUCAGAGUAGCAAGUUUCCUGUAUAAAAGCUCGUUCUCCACGCGCAAUCUUCAUACCAACGCAAGAUGUUCCGAACCGUUCUACUUGCAGUCCUCGUGGUCGAGAGCCUCGGCUCUGCACUGAGAGAGAAUCCCCUGCUACCGGACUCCCAAAUCGUCGGAGGAAGCCAGGUCGACAUAAGGGAGCAUCCGCAUCAACUGAGUUUGCAAACAAGCUCGCACAUCUGCGGUGGUUCAAUCAUUAGCAGCAAAUGGGCCGUCACUGCAGCACAUUGCGUGGGAUCGUCCGCGAGCUCGUACAGAAUACUAGUUGGCAGCAGUAACAAAGACCAGGGCACUUCUUACCGUUUGAAACGGGUCAUUCGUCACCCUAGUUACAAUUCGCGAACCAUCGACUUCGACGUCGCCCUUCUGGAGAUUGAUGGUACAAUCAGCUUAGGCCCGAACGUGCAAGCUAUAAGCCUGGCAAGCAAGGAACUUUCAGCUAACACGUUGGUGAACGUGACUGGUUGGGGUGCGCUCACGGAAGGUGGAUCGGUGUCCCGGAAUUUGAUGAGAGUAUCGGUGCCAAUCGUGAGCAAAUCAACGUGCGCACAAGCUUAUCAGUCAAUGAACGCCAUCACCGACAGAAUGAUAUGCGCCGGUUACACCGCUGGUGGAAAGGAUUCCUGCCAAGGUGACUCUGGUGGACCCUUGACAUCGUCUGGAGUCCUCUAUGGUAUCGUGUCCUGGGGCCGUGGUUGCGCCCAACCGAGAUACCCCGGCGUUUACACGAACGUCGCUAAUCUACGAUCCUGGAUCAAGGCUAACAGCGGAGUUUAAGAAAGAAAUAUCUAAUUUUAACUUGUAAUUCAAACAGUACUAGUAGUGUAGUAGCAUUGUAUCUUUGAUUCUUAUGUAAAAGUCGCUUCUAAUAUUUUU